AAGAAGAUACUUACACACCACACCCAAUUCCCUGCUUUGCCUCUCAAGCCCAUCGUCCACGUUCUUCGCACUUCAACUUUUAUCCGGAAUCCAGGCCCUGGGCAGGACGACUGGAUUCCAACUCCCAGCAGCCACAUCCGGCAUUCCCAGCAGCCACAAUCAGCAAAGGGGCAAGUCAGAAUACCGUCCUCGGUGCCCCCCGACCCAUGGAGACCCCACUGGAGAAAGCCCUGGCCACCCUGGUGUACACCUUUCACAAGUACUCGGGCCGAGAAGGCGACAAGUUUACCUUGAGCAAAGGAGAAUUGAAGGAGCUGGUGAAACAGGAGCUGGCCCUGGGAGAGAAAAUGAAGGAUCAUGGCAUCGACAAGCUGAUGCAAAGCCUGGACAAGAAUAACGAUGACGAGAUCGAUUUUAAGGAAUACACCGGCUUUCUCUCGGCCCUUUGCAUGUCCUACAACGAAUUCUUCCAACAGGGUGAAAAAUAAGAAGCCAGAAAAUGGAGGGGGGGGGGAAGAGAAGGAAGGACCCCUCCCCUGUUUAAGUCCUUCUCUAGGCAUCUCUCAAUAAUAUAUCUGGUUAUCUAAAUAAAUAAAAUACAGAUCUUCCCAGGCCUGAGAGAAAUGAAAUGCAGAAAAAAGGGGAGGCCGGUAGCAAGGGGGCAAAAUUGUGAUUGUUUUAACCAUUAUUCUUGAUGCUAAAUUAAAUUGAAUUAAAUUAAAUUUCUGGGUGA